AUGGGCCGGCACUGUUGCACUGUCAGAGAAAAAUGCAUAGUCGUAGGUGGCAUCGCAUUUCAAGUCUGUGUCAGUCGAGGAAACAAUGGAGCAGGAUAUCAAGGUCACGUUUACAAAUUUGAUUUCCGUCUUGAAGUCGCAUGGAUUUCCAGAUCGAGAUUCGCCUCCGACGCAUCGGACGCAUUCCGUUUGCUCAGCGCUCAGCGCUCAGCCGCCGGCUCACUUCAUAACCUCCCAUUUUUCUUCUCAACUCACCCAACAGCGUUCAGUUGUUCCGCAAUGCAUACCACUGCCUCCUCACACUCACACACAUGA